AUGAUUCCAAGAGUGCUAAAAAAGGUAAUAGCAGGAGUACUAGGUUUGGUUUGCCUACAGAGGGCUAGCUGUAACUCAACCGUAAACGAAGCAUCAAACCUAGAGGAUCAUUUUUAUAAAAAGAUGUUGUGCAUGGAAGAGGAAGUGCAAAUCCGUACUAAUUUUAUGGAUAGGCUAGAGAAUUUUAAAUGCGAAGAAAUAUCAUCUGAUAUUCUUAGUAAAGACAUAGCCGAGGGACGAAUAAAUCUCUCCAAAUUAGAAGAAAAACUGGAGAUUUUCAAUAUAAGUGCGAAAGAUAUAGUAGCAAGAGCAGAAAACAUUACUAAAAUAUACAAUAAUAGUUUUAGCGAGACUUCGGUGUAUCAUCAGGAAAAAACUGCACUGUUGCAUAAAACAAAUGAUUUAUACAAUAAAAUAUUGAAUGCGCUUCCAUCGACUCUUAGAGAAAGUGACUCACUAAGCGAAGCAAUAAAAGAGUUUGAUUCGCACAUGCUGGGAGUAAUAAAAAAGUACGACGAAGCAAAGAAUAAAGAUAGAAAACUGCAUGAGUUAAAUAUAUUCAAGCUGGCAGAGCAGAAUAAGCCCCUGGCUGCCCGUUUAAUAUAUCUUCUCUUUGAUGUGAAACCAUUAACAAACCUUUACGAUACAGCAGAUGUAUUAUAUCGCGCAUUCUCAAACAUGGAACGGUGUCUUUUCCUCGACAACUUCUGGAGAUAUGUACACCCUAUUAUAGAAAAUAAAUUAAAAGGUAAAGAAAUAGGAGCAGAGAUCGACCUUCUGAAACUCCUUGAUAAGAAUCUUUCUUCCUUAUUCAGUACUUCUAGAAUUGAUCCAGAACAGGAUGCAGAUAUAAUGAGAAUCUAUCUUAACUUAGUAAAUGGGGACAUUCCAAAAGAAAAAAUAAACCAAUAUAAGAAUAUAACUCCCAGACAGGUUAUGAAAGUAUUAAUAAUAGAAUGCGAAUUUAACAUAGAUGGACUUCUUAUAGACUACAGAAGGAACAGCUUGCUUUCUAACAUCGGAAAAAUAAUAAUGAACAAAGGAAAUCCAGCUAAGUACAGAACAGAUGUUCAUAGAGGUCUAAAAAUAGCAAGAAGUAGACAGAAAGAUCUGCUUAAUCUUUUGCAGAUUUUUUGGAAUGGCCGUGUCAAUGCAUUUAUUUCAAAUCCCCCUGAAGAAAAUGUUAAAUACUUCUGUAUUUACAAUGAUAUCAUAACUUAUUACUUUCAAAAUACACAGGAUAUCUUUAUGUCUGUCAGAUGGAUGUACAGUCUGAAUAUAUCCAUCCCUCCAUUAGAAGAGUCUACUAAUAAUGAGAAAAGAUUCAAUAUGAUGUGCUUCGAUAUGUCCUACAUCCAUCCCAUGCGUUAUAUAUACAUGCGAUGUGAGUAUGUUAACGAUCUAUGCAAACCAAACAUUAAAAGCGAUAAAAAGCCUUUCUCGGAAAGAGAUUUAGAGAGCAAUCUUCUCAGAAUAUACAAAAUAAGAAAAGAAAAUAGCGACUCAACGCGAGCAGAUCACAUGAAGAGCUGCAUCAGAGCAUGGUUUAUAAGAAAUACCAGUGUGACUUACGGUGAAGAAAAGCAUCAGGAGUAUGAUAAUAUGACUGAAGAUUUCCAGUAUUAUUUGAAUAAAUUCUAG